AAGUUCUUUAGUCAGUCAAAGGAAAGUCAAAAGUCUUCCUUAUAUUAACGACACUCACGCGUUUUGCAUGCCUUGCUGCCUUUAUGCAUCUACUCCUCCAGGGCAAUCGCACGUGCGAAUCAAAUCUGUCACGUGUUUCCAAGUCUUUUCACCGGAACAGAUCAAACAGAAUACCGUUUUCUAUUCGCUGAACUCUUCCCUCUCUGCGGGGUCACCGGAGACCUCUACCGAUGUCGAUUGUGGAGAGGUUUAUCUUGAAUGUUUUGAUUGAAAUGUCUAUGUUUCGUCUGCCCUGCACUAAGUGAAUGUGAGCAGUUAUUUGUGUCUUUCGUUGUCAACAAGGAGUGAGAGCAAUCAACAGAAAAAUGGAAUUAGCAGACAGAGCAGUUGGAUUUCUGUUAUCCGUUACAAGCUUGUCGAUAUUUACCUACUAUACAUUUUGGGUUAUCAUCCUGCCUUUUGUGGAUGAUGAUCAUUUCGUUCACAAGUACUUUUUACCCCAAGAGUAUGCCAUACUAAUACCAGUCUCUGCUGGCGUUACACUGCUUUGUUUCUUGAGUAUAUUUGUUGGAGUCGUGAUGCUCAAAUCCAAAAGAAAGAAGGCAUGAUUCACUUAUUCAAAGUUUUGAAACUGUGAAUGUAUUAAAUGUAUUUUAGAACAUUUCAUACCAGCUUUGCCCGAGUGAAGAUAGGUAUUUGUCUGUAGGUAAAUACCACUUUCAUGGAUCACAAAAUAUAAAUCAUGAUUUGGCCAUUGAGAAUAAAUAAGAAUUAAUUUAUAAACAAAGCUGGGUUGUUAAAGAGAUAAUGAUAGGAGUGAGUUCAACUUCUUCGAAA